GCAGAGUCUCAGCGACUGGUGAAGUCACGGGCGGGCGGCCUGGCAAAUCAAUGCUGCCUGAUUUCCUCGGAGUCCGCGGGUUCCGCCGCGCUUUCAACUACGCCUUCGACGCCCGUUGGACUGUCUUAGUCGACUUUGCGCCCAUUGGCAACCUGAAAAUUUAUUACACACACCAACCCCUGCCUUCGUGCUUUGUGAUAUCCAACCGGCAUGGAGCCCGAGGGACCCGAGAGCGACGGAAAGGAGUCGCUGGGCAAACGUGCGUGUGAUCAAUGCCGUGCCAGAAAGAUACGCUGCGACAAGCAGUCGCCAUGCUCAAACUGCCGCAGCUCUCAGAUCUCCUGCCGGUCCACCGGAGCAGGACAGAAGUCUCGUGAGCCCCGUAGAAGAGUCCUGAUUUCCAGUCAGUAUGAAAAGAAAAUCGAUCUCAUCGAGGAACGCCUCGGGAGUAUCGAGCAGGUUCUCCGCGAAUUGAGGUCCAGCAUUGGGUCCUCCAGCAAAUCUCCCCCCGAGCCCUUUUACCAUGCCACCCCAGUGUCCGGGCGCGCGACUCCUUCAACGGCUGAAUUCCGAUCCAACACCACCGCUGCGCUGGACCAGCACGAGGCCGAUCCUGCAUUCGAGGGUAACUCGUCUCUCGCUGCCCACUCCGCCUACGCGAGCAAGUUCCUGGAGUCGGCCGUUUCGCGCAGUGCUCUUCCAAUGUAUUCAACGCCGAAGAUGGGUGCGGCGCUGUCGACGCUGAAGCAAAUGGUCAAUAUGCAAGAUAACCAGACCAAUUCGUCUUCCCGGGAAGUUCGGUUUCCUAACCAGCGGGCUAUGCCGACCUCUGGGUUGCGCGACCUGAUCAUGCCUCCUAUCCAGAGUGUUCUGCCAGUAUUGCGCAGGUUGAAAGAGGACCCGCCAACCGCUUUACAAGGAUUUUGUCCCUUUGUCCCACCCGACCGUCUGAUUGAGAAAUGCAAAGAGGUCUACUUCGCUACGGAAGAGUACUCGGACGCCACUUUCAUUGUUGUCAAUGGAGGCCUGUUCUAUGUUUUCUCGGAGUAUAGCUACACGGUCAAAGACGAUGAAACCCGGGAUAACUACCGGAAAUACCUCAAACUCUGCCACGCCAACCUGGAAACGGCACUUGCCAACCUCAGUCUUCUCAUGCCUGCGAGGAUGGAGUCUGUCGAGGCACUGACAUUAGGAGCUGUUCAUGCCAUUGAAAUUUCAAAACCAUCCUUUGCUCUGACAUUGACAUCCACUGCGUCUCGCCUGUGUCAGACUCUAGGCUACCAUCGGGCGUCAUCCAUGGAGAACGACAGUCCCAAUGUCAAGGAACACAAGAACAGACUGUUCUGGUCAAUCUACUGUAUAGAUAAGGCGCUCUCCUUACGCUUAGGGCGCGCCUCCACCAUCCAGGACUACGACAUUUCCUUGUCGUGGGCCGCGAGCUCGCCAAAUGGCAAGGACCAGUUCGGUGACAUUUACAUACUGUGGAUCCAGCUAGCAAGGAUCCAGGGAAAGGUGUAUGAGAAACUAUACAGCCCUGCAGCCCUUUGUCGACCCGAGAGUGAGCGAGUGAGCUGUGCUCGCCAGCUAGCUUCAGACAUGCAAUGGAAGGUCAUGGAGCCGUUCAAGCACCUGUUCAAAACGAUCAGUAACAUGAACAUGGUGGAGGAGCUCUACAUUCGAUCCGACGAAGUGUGUCGCCUAUCCGUGUUGACUCUCAUAUACCGAGCCAUCCCACCUCCCCCCGACUCUCCCAGCACUUUUAUCGAUGAGUGCAUCGAGACGGCUCGGACCGCACUCGAGAGACAUCAGACUUGCACGGCGAUGUUCCGAGAGGUGGAUGAGUACUUGAUGCGUUCUUACUUGCACUGGACAAUCCUCUACUCCCCAUUCGUUCCCUUCAUCGUGCUCUUCUGCCACAUCAUUGAAGUCUCCUCCUACGCAGAUCUCGAACGCAUCGAAGAAUUCGUCGCCUCCCUCGAACCGAACUGUGCUUUAUCGGAGGCGAUCUCUAAAAUGCACCGCCUCUGUCAGGUCUUGAGUACCGUGGCGAGAUUAUAUCUGGAGGCCAAGUCCCAAGCGCAGACGCAGCAAGACCACUCUCUGGCCUCGGUGGGACAGGAGUUCGACUCGUAUUUUACCGCACUUGGGUUGGCACCGGCGCCGACCGACGACGGUGAAAUGCGCUGGACUGCUGGCGCUGCUGUCCCUGGCCCUUCCAACGCCGCAGCAGCAGCCACCGGUCCUUUGGCGGGCGAGAUGGCCACCGAGAUGAGAGGAAUCGAAAGUCAGACGCUGCCAAUGAACGUGCCGCAGACUACGCUGGGGAACUGGUUUUCCGGAAACCAGCAUAUGAUGGGGUUGCUAGAGGAAGACUGGUCCCUGUUCGAUUCACGGGCAUGGCCGCAGCCCGAGAUUUAAUUGCGAGUGAUUCCUACGGGCGCAGCUCUCACAGACUGCAACGCAGUGCCCUAAAAGCAAACCAUCGAUAAUCAUACCCUUACAUACAAAAUUGCAACCAACAAACCCAUCCGACUAAAUACACUUGCCCCCAUCCACGAUCAUCUCCGUCCCAUUCACAAAGCUCCCCUCGUCGCUCGCCAGGUACAGACACAUGUUGGCGACAUCGUCUGGAUCCGUCAGCCUGCCCAGCGGCACGUUCCCAAUAAACUUGUCCCUGUUCUCAGGGGUAUCCGGCAUGCCGGUGAACAUGGAAAAGAGGGCCGUUCCCGACAGAAGCGGCGAGACGGUGUUGACGCGAAUAUUAUGGGGACCAUAUUCGGCCGCCAGACCUUUCGUUG